AUGCAGUUGGGAAAGACAUCAGAAGAGCUCCAAGAGUUGUUGUUGAAGUCUUCCGAAACUUCGCUGCAAAACGAUUUAGAGCAGCUUCAAAGCAAUCCUGUGGAUGUUCUGGAUCUUGUUGACAAAGGAUGCGAGUCGUUCAUACCAAAUCUCACACUUCUGGCAAACCUCCAUGAACGUCUGUUCCCGAACGAAUCUGACCUUCUACUCAAAAUGCUGCAGACCCAGCUCGCUGAGUUCCAUGAGGUUGUUUCAAAUUUGUUUCUUGCGUCGUCCGAUCCAAAGGACUGCUCUAUAGUUGUUCGUGCUCUUGAUCGUUAUUAUAGGAAAAUGUCCACCUGUAAGCAAGUUGUUCAAGGUCUGGACUGCUCUACUUGCACUAUAUCGUUGAAUUCGUGA